CGCGAGUGGUUGCCUCGCCUCGCUAUCUCCGUCUCUUUCCGCGUCUCUGCAGCCGUCUCUUUCGCCCCAGAAAAGUCCUUCGAUCGAACCGACGCGCAUUGACCUCCACUUUAUAUUUUAAAUACCCCAAAACGCUCAUAUUUCGAAGUGAUUUACCGAUUUGCAUGACUCUGAUGCGAGUUGAAAAAUAAAAUUUCAUUUCGGCUAUGGACACAAACCAGAAGAUCGUUAUGCUCCAGAGACGAUGAUCUAUAUGGGUGCCGUGUGUGUUUGUUGCUGGCUGCUUAAUUGUGCGAUGGCGUUUAAAUAAAAACAAGUGCGUUUAAAUGUGAAAACAAAAGACUGGCAUUAUAUAUAUUGUCAUUAUUGCCUGGCCAAUAAAAUAGUUUUCAAGCACCAUUUCGCCUUAUCUCGAGUGGAGUGCCGAUCAACAAGGAAGAACUUAGGCAACAAACUGCAGCGCAGAGCUUAAUAGAAAAAGAAAAGCAAACAAGAUAGAGUGCGAAAAGUGGCCCACAACAAAUGACUCGUAAUGCAAUGGCUGGGCAAUUAAUUAGUGCAUAAACAGUUAAAUUUACCGCCGUAAAAGUUGGAGCCGCACACACGCUCGUGCCUUCACUUUUCUCUCGGGAAAUCGGGCUCUAAGUUUUCCACCCUCGAUGUUCGCAGCUUGAAAAUGUAACUUCGAGCCACAAAUUAUGACGCAAAAUACCGAAUUCGGCCCGCAGCCAGAGGAAUAAUAUAUUUGCAAUUUAUGCAACAUUCGUCGCAUGGUUGUUGCAGCAACAAAGAGCGAUUAGUGUACUCGAAGCAUUACAAUAGCGAGCCAAAAAGUCCCAGAAAAACUGCGCCUCGGCCGUCAUCAUCAACGCAUCGUUAUGACUGUCUCAGCAAUUGGAUCUAAUCGGCAACGUCGUUUGGCUUUAAUUGUUUUGACCACCUUGUGGCUGCUAAUCGACGCCACCGCCACCGCCUCCUCCUCCUCCUCCGCCUCCGUUCCAAAAUCCGUCAGCAUUGAGUUGCGGCGCAAGAGGAGCUUGCACUAUAAUGGCAUUCAGCUGGACGAGAACACUCUGGUGGGCCAUCUGAGGGAACAUGAGCGGGCCCUGAUCUUUGGCUCACGAUCUCCGGAAGAGGCGCCCGAAUUCAAACUCGUGCACUUGGCACAACGGCAAGAGGAACGGCAGGAGGGAACCUUCCCAGGUGAGGAUGGCGCACAGGUGACGGAGGAGGGGAAUCCCCGAAAGCAACGUCUGCGCCGCAGCCUGCCAACACAAGAUGACGACCACCAUGAUGCCGGAGGGCGGAAGGAGGAGCUGCCUCCGUCGAUGGGGGAUGGGGGUGGGGGUGGGGAUGAUGGUGAGGAGGCUGUAGAAGCUAGGCUGCAGUUGCAGCAGUCGCCACAGCUCAUCGAUGACGCCUUCAUCUUCAUCCGACGCACCGAAAAUGGAACGCAGUUUGUGGAGCACUCGCCGCAGCUCCUCAAGCGACUGGAGCGAUGCUUCUACCGGAGUCCAGCGGCUGCUCUCGAUCUCUGCGAGCCCGGCAACGUGCGCGGCGUGUUCCAGCAGAAUGGCAGUGACCUGGUGAUCCAUCCGCUGCCGCAGCGCUUCGGCACCGGGACGCAUGUGCUCUACCAAGCGAGAGUGGACAAGAGCGGCUACAGUGGGGCGUCGUCGAGGCGAACCGAGACGCCACCGUUAGACAGCCAGCUGCAGUUCGAGCCCGAUGCGGAGGAGUUCAACGAACCGAGGAGGCGAUUGCAGGCUCAGCCGCCCCUGAAACUGCGCUUCCAGCCACGCCAUCAUCAUCAUCAACAUCACCAUCACCAUCAACAGCACAGUCAGCUGAGGCAUCGCCGAAGGCGUCGCUACAUUGGAGACCCACCGCGCUCCCGCUGGUCGGACAUCCCGGAGGAGCUCUUCAUCGAGACGGCCAUCUUCGUGGACAGCGACCUGUAUGCCCACAUGCAGCGCAACUUCCCAACGAACACGGAGAGCAAGGUGGUCAGCUUUCUGCUGGCCAUGAUCAAUGGCGUCCAGUUGCUGUACCACCAUCCCACGCUGGGGCGUCGGAUCAACUUUGUGCUAAAGCGCCUGGAGAUCUGGAGGUCCUGGGAUCCGCCGGGCCUGACUCGCUCCAGGGAUGUGGAGAACUACCUGAACAGCUUCUGCAAGUGGCAGGAGAAGCUCAAUCCCUUCUCCGAUGCUGAUCCGCUGCACUACGACCAUGCCUUGGUCCUGACGGGUCUCGACCUCGUCACCUACGAGAAGGGCAAGGCCAACAGCCAGGUGGUGGGCAUGGCCACGGUCAAGGGCAUGUGCACCUCCAUAUACUCCUGCACGAUCAACGAGGCCAAGCACUUCGAGAGCGUCUUUGUUGUGGCCCACGAAAUCGGACACAACUUGGGAAUGCGGCACGAUGCCAAGGAGAUUAGCUGCGAUCCCACCAUGCACAUCAUGUCCCCCAAAUUGGGCAGUGGCAAGGUCACGUGGUCCAAGUGUUCGCGCACCUAUCUUGAGGAUUUCUUGAUGGAUCCCCAGGCGGAGUGCCUCUUUGAUCGUGACCAGUAUGCUGGUCCCUGGGAUCACACUGAUGGUGGCCGUCUGCCCGGUGAACGCUUCAAUGCCAACCAGCAGUGCAUGCUGCGCUUCGGCAAGAACUUCAUGCAGGCCAGCACGCAAAGCAAGAUGGAAAUCUGUCGGGAUCUUCACUGUCGUCAGGAUGGACUGCCCUGGACAUCGCAUCCGGCUCUGGAAGGCACCGAGUGUGGCGCUAAUAUGUGGUGCCGUGGUGGCUCAUGUGAGGCGCGAUCCUCCAGGCAGGGCAGUUACUCAGCCCUUAAGUCCUGGCCACCUGAGAACGUACCCGAAGCCACCCACGAAAAGAUUAUCAGACAUGAGCCCAACAGGAUACCCCCUUUGCUGCACGAUUACAAUCCGUUGGGGAAUGAGCUGCCUGGAUCGUCCUCGAAUUGGGGCGAAUGGAGCGAGCCGAGUGCCUGUGAGUCAGGCUGUCUAUAUGGACAGUCGCGACGCCUUCUGGAGGGCAGCACAGGACUGCGCACCUUCAACAGGAGCUGCUUGAACUUCCCGUCGCGUUGCAUGGGCAGAGAUCGGCGAUUCGUGACCUGCAACACGCCGCAGUGCCACAAGGUGCCGGUGCAGACGAUUGGUGACUUUGCCAGCCAGGUGUGCAUGCAGGCGAGGAAAUCGGAUCCGGAUCUCACCGGCGAGGGUCAGCAGUUGAGCACCACGCUAGAUGGGUCCUGCAAGAUCUUCUGCCGCACCAAGAACAACGGCACCAAGUCCAGGCGAUGGACUUUUCCGGACGGCACCACCUGCCAAUCGAAGCAGCACAACCCCGAGGACAUUACCUACUGCAUUUCCGGGCGAUGUGAGCGCUUCUCCUGCGACAAUUCCACCGGCAACUUCUUCAAGAUGGACAGUAGCUUCUGCCAGGCGAGAUCAGUGCGCCCCACGAGGGAUUCCUCGGAUCAGGAGAGCAGGCCGCAGUCCACCAGCCAGCGGUAUGCGGAGCGGCAAGAGGGCAUAGCGCAUAAAAAUCACUAUGAAAAUGAGGUGGCAAAGCGGACGCCUUAUGGCCAAGGUAACCACAUCAGUGCGGCACCAUCGCCGUAUAAGAGGCGGACCUACCACAAACCGUACUCGCCGGAGAUUUCGCGACCACCGCCACCUGCCUCCGCCUCGCUGAUCGCCCUCGAUCGCAGCUCGUCCUCGGAAUCGGAGUGGGUGGUGCAUCCGGGCUGCCACUCCAAUUGCAUGACCGAUUCGAAGGGCGUCCAGGGGGUCACCUCGCGGCUGACCGGAGUGGAGAGCAUCCAGCUCUGCUCGUACCGUAUCCAGCCCUGCGAGCGUUUGCAGACGGCGGCUGAGUUUGCGGAGCAGACCUGCGCCCGAUACCGGCAGAAGGUGCGCGGACUAUCCGGCCAUGGGGCCCAGAUCUCGGCCAGCAUCGAUGAACCGGACCGCAGCUGCCGCGUUGGCUGCCAGGACGAGUUCAUCAAGUACCGGUAUUACCUGGUAAACGGCAGGAACGGACACUUUCCGCCGGGCACUCGCUGCUCACCGGUGGGCAAACGAUAUUGCGUAUACGGCAGGUGCAUGGAAUUCGGCGAUGAUGAUCUGCCGCUGGAGAAGACCCACAUCAGUUUGGGUCAACUACGGACGCGUCGGAAAAGAAGUCUACCUUUUAAUGAUUUAUCAAACAUAACGGAGAUAACUGGCACUGUGAACCUUAAACAAUCACUUUCAGAUGUCUCCGCCGAACACAUCGAAUUCACCCAACCCAUUCACGUCUCCGCAGACGAACUGAGUAGCAACAGCCGAUAGCCCAAUAGCUUCCUGGCCACAAUUCCCUUAGUCGAUUAAGUUCUAAGUUCUAGCUUAAGUUAAAGGCU